AUGGCGGCAGCUACAUCAACUGCAGCUGGAACCUCACGGAGUGGCAACGGACUCGAGCUGUCAAGAAUAAUGACAGGUCCGCGACCAUAUCCGCGCCGAAUGGGCGCAGCCCGUUUAUUUAAAAGUCGCUACAACGACAACGAAGAGGGUGUGCAGCCGAACCUGGAUGCUCUCCUGGCUCGAUCCGCCCUCCCCUUCAGCCAAGGAGCAGAAUCCUAUGACGCCGAGUUGUACUCCUCGAUACUUGAUCACCCUUUUGAUACUCCUGCAACGGCCGAUUUGAAUCCGAUAAAUAUCCUGAAACCAUCAAAUACCACACAAAAAACGAGAACCAACGCUUUUCAAAAUCACCUCUAUGAGGAAUGUUCAUCCGACCGCGUGCUGGAUGGUGGCUGCCAGACCGACCCGCCAUCCAGUUGUGGCCCCCCCUCCACCGCGGCUGGUAGAGGCAUGACACGUCGCCCACAUCAGAAGAGGGGUCGAGCUAACAUCGGCGGUGAGAAAGAAGCAGAAGAAGAGGAGGAUAGAGGUGACGAGGAAGGGAGAGGUCCGCCUAAGCGACGGCAUCUAGGCUCGGGCCAGGUCCCCCAAUACUUCGCUUGUCCCUACUACAAACGGGAUCCUUGGAGACACUGGCGUUACUACUGCAAAUAUGGAUUCAAACGAGUGGCAGACGUCAAGGGUCACCUCGAGAGAAUCCACACCAUCAGCGAGUAUUAUUGUCCAAUUUGCUUCGCAGGAUUUCCCGAUAAUCAGAGCUGGGGGGGCCACACCCAGAAGAAUACCUGCGAGCCCACCCAGCCACCAGAACAUGUUCUCACUUAUCUCAUUUAUAACCUUGUUUUCCCAAGUGCCACCUACCGGCCUGCUUCCCCUUAUGUCUACCUGACCUUCGACGAUCCUCUAGGGGUCAUAAGGGAACGUGCAUUCAGAGACGAAGUUUCCAAUAGCCGAAUCCUUACUGCUCUGCAGCAGCUUGCGGAGGCUAUGGCAGCAAACAUGCCCCCCCAAGCGCUGAUUCCACCCCCUCUCGCGUUCAGCUGGGACGAAUUUGUUGAGCCUCAGAAUCUAUCUCAGCAAGAUCUUCAGUCGCAACAGCUUGGAGAGGCCCCUGAAGAGGAUCAGCAGGAUGAUCAACUGCCCCCCGAGCAGCUGCCUGAGCAGCAAUGGCUCUAUUAG